GCUCGGCGACAGCAGCGUCGACCAUUAAGCAUCGCAUGUUCGUGUUUGGGCCCCAGAAAGUGGACGGCACCGCGUGGGGCGCGGGGCGGCAGCGCCGCUUCUCGCCAUGGACGGCAUGGAGUUCUUCUUCGAGGAAUCUGCAGCAGGGUUUGUGUCGCGGUUGGACAGCGGAAUUUGCUUAAGGGAUCUCGUUGCCGGUGAGCAACUGACUGAAGGCGGCAUAAGUGGAACAGAGGAUGCGGAGGAGGCUUUGAUUUCUUCUCUGCCGAUGGGACGAGCUGGUGGCGGCAUGGAUUAUGAAGGGGGCGAAGGAGCUGGUAUGGGGGGUGCGCGUCGUAUGAUCUUGGCGAUGAAGGGAUGGCGAUUCCUGCGAGAUAGGCAGUGCAAAUAUAGUCCCUGAUGCUGCGGACCAGGAUCCAGACGAAGAUGGCAUGGGAGUGUCAAGUGCAAACCAAUCUUCUUGGAUCAGGAGGGUCAAAGUUGGUGUGUCACAGCCAAAAACUAUCUUAACAGGUAAUGCAUGAUUGGAUACAAAAAAAAGAAAAAAAAACAUUGUCAUUGAUAUAAUUUGUUAGAGUGCUUGAUGUAUAAAAUUCUAAUGAUCUUACUUGAUUUCUUUGUGGCUGGGAGAGAUCAAGCUCGCGCGAUGGAAAUUGCAAUAGGCGACGUCAUGCCGCGGACUGCACAUCGGUGGUGCAAAUGGCACGUCCUGAAGAAGGCAAAAGAGAGCCUUGGGGCACUGCUUUGCAAAGGGAAGUGAAUUCAAGCCAGAAUUCAACAAGCUAGUCCACCACAUAGUUAGUAUUGAUGAAUUUGAGAAGGGCUGGGCAUGCAUGAUUGAAAAAUAUGGCCUCCAAACCAAUGCAUUCCUAACCCAGCUUUACGAAGUGAGGGGGAAGUGGGCGAAGCCAUACUUCAUGGGUGUGUUUUGUGCAAAGAUGACAAGUACGCAGCGAAGCGAGAGCGCAAACCACCUUCUGAAAGGGUAUGUACCACCAGGCUGCCCCAUGCAUUUGUUCAUCCGGCAAUAUGAGAAGAUGCAAUUUGACGGCAACUCAGAAGAAAGUUACCAGGAGAAAAGGACAAAACUAGGUGGGAUUGUCCUGAAGCAAAAGAUCCCAGUCGAGGUACAUGCAUCGCAGGUUUACACCAGAACAAUGUUUGAGAAAUUUGGUGAAGCAUUGCACGUGUGUGGGUCGUAUGAUCUUGUAGAAGUCAAGCCCCAAUUGGAGUACAUUGCUAGGCACAUAAAAUUCCAGUCAAGGGAAAAGUGGUGCAAGAAUGAGUUUGUCAUCUCCCUGAGUGAGACAGCCAAUGAGUUCAGGUGCGAGUGUGGAACAUUUGAGAACUAUGGAAUGGUUUGUAGUCAUGCGCUUAAGGGCAUGUCAUAUCUCCUCUUCGGUAUUUUACAAACCAUUUUCUGUGUCAUGAUACACCUAAAACUGCAUGAGCUCCCUCCGAAACAUGUGCUCAAGCGAUGGACUAGAGAUGCAAGAGAUAUACUACUACCGGAGUAUUUGCGCUACCAGAAGGACCAUGGGCCCCUGAAGUAUUCUUCUCGUCGACACAACACUUUAUACUUGUUGGCAGUGGAUGUGGUUAAGUUAGGUGACAACAAUGUGGAAGCAUAUGCACUUGCAAUGGAGAAAAUGCGAGAUGUCAAAGUGCUCCCCGAGCCAGUUGCCGCCGUGCGGGAUGGGCUUGGUUUGUCUGAUAGAGAGCUGGCUGCAGAUUCAGCCGGCUCUGGGAUGGGAACAAGCAGCACUUUGGGAGAACUGAAUCUGUGCACACCCUUUCACAAGGAUCAGGUGUGUUUCCAACACCGUCCAAGAAACGAUCGGCUGGGCGUCCAACAACCAGCCGCGACAAGGCUCCAUAUGAACAACCAUCGAAGAGGAGCAAAUUAUGUUCUAUAUGUAGAAUUCAGGGGCACAAGAGCACAACAUGCCCUGCCAGAGGGGAUGUGCCAAAGGCACCUAGGAAAUCUCCGCGCUGCUCAAAAUGUGGGUGACAGGCCACAGGAAUAACGCAUGCAGCAACCCGCCUAAAGUCUGAGAAAAUCUGAAUUUUAGUGCCUGUUCGGAGCCCCUCCGCUCCACAGCUCUGCCACGGAGCGGAGCGGGCUGCAGUUCAAAAUUUCGGAGCAGGGGAAUUAGUGCUCCGCCAGAUUCGUGGAGCCGGUGGAUUACCAUACCAAACAGGCCCUUAGUUUUUGUUUUAGCGAUUGUAUGGAUUUGGCUGUGUGACACUUUGUUAUUAGAACCCGUAUGUUAUUUGUGUAAAACAUAGAGAACGGUCAUCUGCAACGUUCAGAUCCCA